AUGGAUCCAUCUUAUCAGCGCAAGAAGAUCGUCGACUUGAGCGACACCGAACUCAUCACCCUCGGAUUCCUGGGCGAAGAUGUUGCUCCAAGCGUCAAACGUAUUGUUGACCAGGUGAAGGCUAACCCUGAUCACCUGGGCACCGUGACCUGCUUCAUGGUCGACUUGUUCAAGCGCAAGUACCCGGUCAAGGUUCCCCCACAAGACGCUACUCAUCUGCCCGUCUCCCCCGUCUCCCCUGUCUCUCCCACCUCUUCCAUCCCCAGCGAGGCCCAGACCCUCCGCCCCAUCCUCGGCGAUGACUCGGUCGCCCGCACCGUCGUCGCCCCCGACCUGAUCUCCCAGUAUGAGAUGAGGUUUUGGUACCACGGCAUCUCCGGCGACCCUCCCAAGCUCAUGUGGCGUUCCGAUCUUGAGACAAACCCCUUCCCCCUUCCCCAGCCUGGGUCCAACUUCUUUACGAUCCCCGCCAAGACUGCCCAUGGCGUCUUCAACACGCCGCUCAACCACGUGUGGCACGAUGUCGCCCCUCGGAUUAUAGCGUCGAUGAAGGCCCGCGGCCUCAAGUACUCCGCCGUAAAGACGGCUCGCUUCUCGACCGUCGGGGACGACAUGCACAAAACGUUUGGCCCGAUUGUCCUUUGGAUCGCUGUACAGCCCGAAACCACCAACUCCAGGGCCGUUCGGGAUGCCACACCGGAUAUCCUCCGCAUCCUCGCUGACGUCCAGAUCACCAAUGUCGUCGUCGAGUGGUACGACGGGGAGGUCGUCGAUCUCGUCAAGCCGCCCCCAAGUCUGAUGAGCGUCGAGCACGAAACGAGCCCCAUAUUCGGCCUCAACCACCCCUUUAACACUGGCCUAGGCAUCCCCAUCGCGAGGCAGUCCGACGACGCGCAAGGCACCCUUACGCUCCUGUUCAAGGAGAUGAAGACGAGCAGCGGCGACCCGAGCGACAGGAUCCUCGCCCUCACCAACAAGCACGUCGCCUCCGUCGACAUGCACUCCGACUACGAGUUCGAUGGGACCAACCCUCAGCACAUUCUCGUAUGCAGUGAUCGCCAUCUCGACGAGGCCAUCACUGCGAUCGAGAACGCCCUCCUCAUGGGGCUCCGCGAACUCGUUCGUCUUGUCCGACAAGUCAAGGACCAGCAGUCGAAGUUGGGCACUUCAAAGGAGAACGACAUGAUCCUGAGACGCAUAAUGUACGCCUUAGAGCACAAGAUCGAGGACAUCGCCGCUCUUCAGACCUUCUUGGAAGAAGUCAACGCCGACUGGCGAGAUACCGACGGGCGUAAGUUAGGUAUCGUCGACUGGGCUCCCAAAGUCUCCGUCAGUGUCGACUACCCCCACUACACUCGCGACAUCGCCACGUUCGUGGUCGAUAGGGAGAAGGUUAAAAAUUUCGAGUCUAACAUUGUCGACCUGGGAAACCAAUACGAUAGCACCAUGCUUGGGCGUCGCAUGCGCUGGAGAAUCCCAGACGACCUCCAGCUCCCCAUCCGGCGCGUUCUUCCUCGCCACCUCGCCAUCAAUCCCGGCAACAAAUAUGCAGGCGGCUCCAUCGUCGGCAAGUACGGCAACGCGACGAAGUUGACCUUGGGCAGCUACUCCGGAAUGGAGGCCUACCUCUGCACCGCACUCGGACUCGAGUCCCGGGCAGUGCCCGUCUACAACAGCGGCCUUGACUUUGCGGCCCCCGGCGACUCGGGCUCCCUCAUCUUCACGGGCGACGGCGACGCCCUCGCUCUGUUGUGUUCAGGAAUGCCGAGGGGUGCCCACAACCAUGUCACCUUCGGUACGCCGAUGUGGUGGGUUAUCAAACAGAUCCUGGAAAGGUAUCCGUCCGCCGAGUUUCAUGGCAUGACCUACGACAUCGACUGA